AUGGGUUUGAAGACGGCAACCAAGGACUACUGGAGGAGCACAGUGGCAAGUUGCUGUGGACACUCGGAUGAGACUGACCAAGAUGCUUCAGAGCCAGACCCUGGUGAGACAGAAACUCCCCCAUUUCAUCUCAGCUUCUACACCUUGAAGCCACAUUCCUACUCACGCCAACGAUGUCAAGCCUAUCAUGUCUCACCUCGUGACCCUACUCGCAUGAUAUUACGAACUCAGUUAUUAGCCACAUUCUAUCUCUUACUCCUCAUACAUCUCCUCAUCAAACCUGGACUCUGCUUUACCCCAUAUCGGAAGGAGAGAUUUUGGUUUAAUCACGGAGAACGCCCCAAGAUACAUUCAGACACUAUGUUUGAAGAGCCCGAACAUCAGCCACCAGAGCGGUACAAGCCGUACACUGAUUCCCGAGUAGAACCUUCUCGACCAGGGCCCGUCGUUGGGGCAAUGGAAGAACCGCCUGUGGCUGCGAAUCGGUACUCAAACGAUGUCGAUAAAAUGGGGGACACAUGGAUAGUCCCAGGUGCAGGUGCCUUCCAGCAUCGCGCCAUGUUCAACUUUACAAGCGGAGUUUUGCCACGAGGUCUCGAAAUGAGUCAUUACACGGUUCAGGAUACUGAACGCAACGACGUUGAAAGUCCACACAUCCCUUACAAUCACAUCUUCGAACCAGUGAAUGUCAAGAUCGUGAAUGGCAUUUUGCAUCUCAGAGUACCAGGCCAACAGAGAGAUCAGCCGAAAGACAACAAUGCACUCAGCUGUGCGCAGAUUACUACAAGUGAACGAAAAAUCCUGCAUGCCAGUGUGCGUACAAGAGCAAUGUUCAGUAGAGAGCCAGGAACUUGUCACGGGAUUUUCUUCUACCGCAAUGACCAACAGGAAACCGAUAUUGAGUACCUCACUGAUCCAAGAUCUUUGUCGAAUAAUGGGGUUGAUGAACCAGUUCCGAUGUGGUACUCAAACCAACGUGUCAACCCUGAAGAAGGCCCAACCACUCAGGGCACGGGUCCAGCACCAUUCGAUGCUACAAGCAAAUUCCAUGAAUAUCGGAUUGAUUGGACAGCAGACUUCACGGCAUUCUAUAUUGACGGGGUGGAGCAAAAGCGGUUUACUGACAAUAUUCCGAGUAUCCCUGGGCCGUGGGUGUGGAACAAUUGGGCAAAUGGUGAUCGCGGCUGGUCGUAUGGGCCUCCAGAGAACGACAAUGAAUUCAAGAUCAAGAGUAUUGUGAUGUACUACAACACUCAGGCAGACGAAUGA